CAAUGAGAAUGACAUCACGGAGAGGCUUAAGCGUAUUAUUCAAGCAAAUGCCAGACUUCUCGAAGACAUUUCUGAUACAAGUUUUCAAAAUAAGAGUCUGAAUGCUUGGGUUGAUCUGCAAAUGGAAGUUGCACAGUAUAUAAACAGUGAUGUUCGUGGAGUGCCACUACAUUUGCAAGCUAGUAAACCAAUGAGUGGUUUCACUCAACGCCUUAAAGGAAAGCAGGGACGAUUCCGUGGAAAUCUCUCAGGGAAGCGUGUGGAAUAUACUGGACGAACUGUUAUAUCUCCUGAUCCGAAUUUGAAAAUUACAGAGGUUGCCAUUCCAAUACUGAUGGCUCGAAUUUUGACAUAUCCUGAGCGAGUUUCACAGCACAACAUAGAGAAGUUGAGGCAAUGUGUUCGUAAUGGACCAAAUAAAUAUCCUGGUGCGAAGUUUAUCAAGCAUCCUGAUGGAACUGAGAUAUCGUUGAUGUUCUCUUCUAGAAAGCGUCAUGCUGAUGAAUUGAAAUUUGGUUAUAUUGUCGAUCGGCAUCUGGAAGAUGGAGAUAUAGUCCUGUUUAACAGACAGCCAAGUCUUCAUAGGAUGUCAAUCAUGUCUCAUCGGGCAAGGAUAAUGCCAUGGCGCACAUUGAGAUUUAAUGAAUCUGUAUGCAAUCCUUAUAAUGCUGAUUUUGAUGGGGACGAGAUGAAUAUGCAUGUGCCACAAACAGAAGAGGCGAGAACAGAGGCUCUUAUGUUAAUGGGG